UGAUCAGCUGUGUCCAAUCACAGCUGAUCACAUAUCACUGAUGAUCAGUGUGCCCUGAUGAUCUGUGUAGCCCCAGCAGCGCCACCUGUCAGUGUCCAUCAGUGCCAGCUCUCAGUGCUCAUCCAUGCCACCAUCAGUGCCACAUUUCAGUGCCCAUCUGAGCUGCCUUUCAGUGUCACCCAUCAGUGCCAGUCAGUGCCACCUAUCAAUGCCAGUCAGUGCCACCUAUCAGUGUGCAGUGCCCCUCAGUGCCGCCUAACAGUGCCACCUAUCAGUGCCAGUCAGUGCCACCUAUCAGUGCCAUAUAUGAGUGCUGCCUUUCAGUGCCCAUCAGUGAUGCCUGUCAAUGCCCAUCAGUGCCACCUACCAGUGCCUCCUCAUCAGUGCCCAUCAGUGCAGCCUAUCAGUGUCCAUCACUGCAACUUCAUUAGCGCACAUCAG